CCCUUCCCCAAGCUUCUUUCUCUCUGUGGUAGUUUUGCUUGUAAUUUGUAUUAAUCCCAAGUUCCAACCAUCUCUCCCCCUUCCCAAAAUCAUGCAUUCUCUAUCAUGGAAAACCGUUGCAACUGCUGUUGCUCUGAUCCAACUAUGCUUUUCGAUGGAUGUAGAGGCUUCUCUAUCUCUACCGGACAAAAUCACUAAGCUGCCUGGGCAACCCCAAGUCAGUUUUCAGCAGUUUUCAGGUUAUGUUACUGUGGAUGAUAGGAAACAGAGAGCUCUUUUUUACUACUUUGCAGAAGCAGAAGUAAAUCCAGCCUCAAAGCCUCUUGUUCUCUGGCUAAAUGGAGGGCCUGGUUGUUCUUCUCUUGGAGUUGGAGCAUUCUCCGAAAAUGGGCCUUUCAGACCAAGUGGAGAUACUUUGGUCACAAACGAGUAUAGCUGGAACAGAGAAGCAAAUAUCCUAUACCUGGAAACACCUAUAGGGGUUGGCUUUUCUUAUUCAACUGAUACAUCCUCCUACGAGGCUGUAGAUGAUAUGGUAACAGCCAGAGAUAAUCUUGUGUUCUUGCAACGCUGGUUUGUCAAAUUCCCCCAAUAUAGACAAAGAGAUCUGUUCAUAACAGGGGAAAGCUACGCUGGUCACUAUGUUCCUCAACUUGCAGAGCUCAUGAUCCAGUUCGACAAGAAGGAGAAGUUGUUCAAUCUGAAAGGAAUUGCUCUGGGCAAUCCAGUCCUAGAAUUCGCCACAGAUUUCAAUUCGAGAGCUGAAUUCUUCUGGUCUCACGGGUUGAUAUCAGAUUCCACAUAUAGAAUUUUUACUUCUGCCUGUAACUACUCUCGGUAUGUGAGUGAGUACUAUAGAGGGUCUGUUUCGCCUAUCUGCUCGAGAGUUAUGAGCCAGGUGAGCAGAGAAACAAGUAGAUUUGUGGACAAGUAUGAUGUUACCCUUGAUGUCUGCAUAUCGUCGGUGCUCUCACAAUCAAAAGUUCUUAGUCCCCAUCAAGUUACAGAGAGGAUAGACGUCUGCGUUGAAGAUGAAACAGUCAAUUAUUUAAACAGGCAGGAUGUGCAGAAGGCUCUUCAUGCACGCCUUGUAGGUGUUAACAGAUGGGCUGUUUGCAGCAACAUUCUAGAUUAUGAACUGCUUAACCUGGAGAUACCUACAGUUCCUGUAUUGGGCUCUCUCAUUAAAGCUGGAAUUCCAGUUUUAGUUUACAGUGGCGAUCAAGAUUCGGUUAUCCCGUUGACUGGGAGCCGGACACUGGUCCACGGCCUAGCAAUGAAGUUAGGCCUGAACACAACAGUACCUUACCGAGUUUGGUUUGAGGGGAAACAAGUUGGCGGUUGGACUCAAGUUUAUGGUAACAUUCUUUCAUUUGCAACCAUCAGAGGAGCUUCUCAUGAAGCUCCAUUCUCUCAGCCAGAGAGAUCACUUGUGUUGUUCAAGGCAUUUUUGGAUGGGAGACCUCUACCAGAAGUAUUCUGACCUGCAGAUCAGUUAUAUGUAGGGAGUGAUGAAAGUAAUUUCUGGUAUUCAGUAAAGCUUGUGUGUAAGAAAAAUUGUAAUAGUUUCUGUUGGGUUUGUCCAUGUUGUUGAACUGCAAGGUGGAAGAUUUUGUACAUAGAACUAUAGAUUGAUAUCAAGAAAGAAGUGUUU